GGGAGAGAGGAAAAAGAUAGAAAGGAAAACAAGACUCCCUCGCUGCGCACGCUCACUCAGUCAAGCUUGAAAGGGCCCUCAGAGAUACUACAGAGCACCUGUCUGCCGUCGAGGAGAGUAGAAGCUUUUACUCCGUACUAGGAUUGCCCAUCCCACCUUUUGAACCCUGCCGUUGGUGUCCUUUUUCGGCCGUUUCAGCUUGGGCAGCAAUCCUCGCAUUACCGGAGCAGAGCCUCCCCUAUUACUGUCAACCGUGGGGCGAGAGACUCGCUUCAUUUCUGCUUAAACAACAUUCCCCGAGAGCUUUGAGACUUCCAGUGAUUCGCCAUGAGAGAGGUUAUUUCUUUGAACGGUAAUACAUACAUGAACUUGGGCUGCAGGCUCCCGUGUUUAAGACGAUCUUAGAUCUGUUUGCUGACAUUGCUGCCUCGUUAAAGUCGGCCAGGCCGGUUGCCAGAUUGCAAACUCCUCGUGGGAGGUAUGAUAUUAACCUCAUGUCUAGACCUAUGAGACUAGAUAACCUUGUGGAUUUUGAUUGUAUGGACAUGCUGAUCGUCUGACUGUCCCGGUCUUAAUAGCUAUAUUGCCUUGAACACGGACUCCAGGUACCUACUACCCGACCUCUCCCUCGACACCCCGAGUCUCUCUGUCUCUCUCUGCCUCUGUUGAAUCGCAUGAGAAUCGUCUCCUAAUAUGUCAAUGUCCAUUAUUAUAGCCUGACGGUUAUCUGACUGAAGAACGCAAAGCCGAGAAUCCAGAUAAGGAUACCUUCCAUACUUUCUUCUCUGAGACAGGAAGCGGUAAAUAUGUUCCCCGAACGAUAUACUGCGAUCUUGAACCGAAUGUGGUCGACGAGGUGCGGACUGGUACCUAUCGCCAGCUCUUCCAUCCUGCCCAGAUGAUCACCGGAAAGGAAGAUGCUUCGAACAACUUUGCUCGUGGACACUAUACGAUCGGCAGAGAGAUAAUUGACGAUGUUGUGGAAAGAGUCAAUCGUCUUGCUGAGAACUGCGAUGACCUACAGGGAUUCUUACUCUUCCACUCCCUCGGCGGUGGUACGGGUUCAGGUUUUGGUACACUUCUCCUAGAACGUCUGGCCACCCACUUUGCAAAGAAGAGCAAGCUUGAGUUUUGUGUCUACCCAGCUCCCAACCUGUCAACUUCGGUAGUCGAGCCGUACAAUUCGGUACUGGCUACAAGCUCGACUAUGGAGUUAUCGGAUUGCAGCUUCCUCCUUGACAACGAAGCCAUCUACGAUAUCUGCACGAAGCAGCUCACCAUUGAACGGCCAGGAUUAGAAAACUUGAACCGUCUCGUUGCACAAGUUGUAUCUUCGGUUACGGCAUCUGUCCGUUUCGGUGGCUAUCUUAAUGUUGAUCUGGCCGAGUUCCAGACCAACCUUGUUCCGUUCCCUCGUGUUCAUUUCCCCAUGUUUGCCUAUGCACCCAUUGCACAGGACUCCAGGGCUACCCAUGAAACAAACACUAUCCGCGAAAUGACAUUGGCCUGUUUCGAUCCAAACAACCAGAUGGUCAAAUGUAACCCGCAGAACGGCAAAUACAUGGCAACCUGUCUGCUUUACCGCGGUAACAUCAUUCCCAAGGAAGUCCAUUCUGCAGUUGCUACUGUCAGGGCCAAACAGACCAUCCAGUUUGUCGACUGGUGUCCCACUGGUUUCAAGAUUGGUAUCUGUGAUAAAGCUCCUGAGCACGUGCCAAACGGUGACAUGGCAAAGACGGACCGUGCAGUGUGCAUGCUUUCGAAUACAACUGCCAUCGGAGAGGCAUGGACGUCUCUCUGCCACAAGUUCGACCUUAUGUACUCCAAGCAAGCCUUUGUUCACUGGUUCGUCGGCGAAGGCAUGGAAAUGGGUGAGUUCGCUGAAUCUCGUGAAAAUCUAGCGGUCCUGGAGCGUGACUACCAGGAAAUCGCCCACGCCGAGGGUGAUGAAGAACUUGAGCAGGAGUACUAAUCAACAGCACUCCAAAUCAACAUAUCACUAACCAACUCCCCUUUUUCCUGUUGGUCUAUCACUACAAUAAGCACAGCCCUCUCUCUGUUCGGCUCUCUGGCCCAUAACAACUAAUCUCCAGACGCUAACCAGCCGAAGACACGGCUCUCUAAUAACCUGCGUGCUGUUGCUCCUGAUGGCUUGAUGGAGAGGCGGAAUUGGGGGUGCUGGUUGUCAAUCCAUACUAUGUCCUCGAUUUUAGGGAGCGUCUCCCCGGUAUAAUAUGUUUUUGUUGUCUUCUCUUUCUCUGGAGGUGCAAGGAGUUUUUUCCUAUAUUUUGCAUUUCUUGAGUAGAGUCUCUUUCCCUCCCUACGUGCAAAAUUUCUUUUCUAGAACCGGUAAUCCACAGCAAGCGUUUGAAUAUAUAAAAGACAAAUUCUCCUUCUCUCAUCUCUCUCUCAAUCUUCCAUUCGCGGCUGCUUCACAUGAUGAUGUAAUUAUUAGGUAAUUCAACGUUCGGCGUUAGUUUAUCCGAACGCCGCGCGCCUCCUGAUUGGCUGCAGCGACCUCGUCAAGCUCUCCCCCCCAAAAGCAGAACGACGACGACGAGGUCGACGACGACAGACAACAACUUCCCAAAAAACACCUUCAACGCCUUCAUUUCUCGCUGCUGUUACGCCGCCGAAGAGCUUGUCUCCUUCGUUUUGCUCCGCUCUCCGUUUCUACGCUGCGACAAACACUCCUGCUCUGCUGUUUGCUGGUUAUCAGGGGCACCCCAUCCAUCCGUUGUUUGGGCUGGCUGAUAUAACUAAC